AUGGACGAUCUGGCAGGACUCGACUGGUCUUCGACCAACCCCGCCAAGGGUGCCCCGAAGACGACAACCCCGUUGGGUAUGAACCAGAAUACCUUCUAUCCGAGCCUUCAGCCCACGCCGCCUCCUCAGGUCUCCGGUCGCAACACGCCCCUAUCGGCCCAAGGUUCUGGCCUGAAUGCCCUGAAAGCGACGGCCACCAAGCCCGCCGGCGACAGCUUUAGCAACCUCGUCAACUUUGGCGGCGCCAAGAGCAAUGCCAACCUUAGCUUGCGCGAACGGCAGGAGCAGCUGGAGGCCGAGAAGAGGAGGAAAGCCGAGGCGCAGAUGAAGCAGAUGCAAGCAAACUAUGGAAGCGCAAACUGGGACAAUCUAGGCUCGGCUGGACCAUCACAAACGGCGUCACGAACGGCAUCCCCCGCUGUACCUAUAGCGGGUCCUGGAAUAGGGGCAUCUGCUGCAAAGAAGGCACAAAACGAUGACGACGAUCUCUUUGCAGCUUUCAACCGGAACACCAAGGUCGACAAUGCGAGCCACUACCCCCCGCCUGUACAGCCGACAUCCGGGAAGAGCACACCGGCUAGCGCUGCGAGACUGGACUUGAGCAGCGCAAGCGCUUGGACUGUGCCACCGACCUCGGGCGGCGGCGACUUUGGCAAUGACGACGAUCCAUUUGGCUUGAACGAUCUCAAACCCAAGAGCUCACAUCAGGCGACUCCAGCUCCCGUCCAAAGCGCCGACGAUGAUUUCCUUGGCGACCUCGGAAAGCCCGUGGAAGAAGUUCGUCGCAAGGCGCAAGCUGCACAACCAAAACCAGAGCCUGGAAAGCCGAUUGAAGUCUCCGAUAGCGAAUCUGAGCCGGAGCUACCCCAGCGAUCGAGAACGGAUGAUCCAUUUGACAAGGCAGUGGCGGAACUGGUCGACAUGGGAUUUACUCCGGAAAAUGCUAGAAGGGGUCUGACAGAGAGUGGCGGCGGCCUGAACGUUCAAGCCGCUGUGGGAUGGCUUUUGGAUGACGCACACAGAACAGCAAGAAGGGAGAAGCAGCCCUCGAGAGAUUCACCUGCCGAGAGAAGUCGAGCUCGAGAGGACGGCGGACGCUCUAGGAACAACGCCAGCCCUGCUUGGAUGAGAGAGGAGAAUCCUGAGCUGCCACCGCGAGGAGACAACCGAUCGCCUGCAGCAGGUGGUGGCGACUUUUCUCAGAAAGCAGCAGCCAUGGGUACAAGCUUCUUCAAGACGGCUAAUUCCCUGUGGAAGCAAGGCCAGAAGCAAGUCCAAAAGGCUGUGGCGGAUUUCAAUCAAGAAGGCGGAGAUCCUAACCAACCCAAAUGGAUGAGAUCUGCACAACAAGAGAGAUCUCAGCCGCGAGAGAAGCAAUCAUCAUCCGCGACCGACGAGGCAAUGAUGCUUGACUCUGGUGGCAGGUCGGAAAGGCAUGCGUCCCGUUCAUCAAGAGAGCCAUCAUUUCCUCAGGACUCAAGGCAAGACUAUCCUAGGGACCGUUCGCCGGCUAUGCCAACCCGGCCUGCAGGGCAGUCAGCUGCAGCACCCAAGUGGCAACAGGCACAGCCAUCAAUGGACCCCAAGACUCGUCUUAAUAAACAAUUGGUUGAAGAACAAAGUGCUCAAGCCUACGUUAGCCCGGCCAGGAGGAAGAGGACCACGCCACAGCCACAACCACAAGCUCCUCCCGAGCCGGAAGUCGAUCUAUUUAACACUACCGCUCCGGUCGCAUCCGCUAAGCCGCUUCCUCAAAGGUCAAAUCAGCCAUCGCCGGCUGCCACAAAACCAUCGAGCCAGCCUAUCUCACGAAGCAUCACUCCUAGACAGCCAGUGCCGACAAGGCAGAUUCCUAGCCUUGCACCGGCUACUCUGCAGGCGUCAACACGGCAACGCCUUGACGGAACAGCUCACUUCAAGCGCGGCGAUUUUGAUGCUGCCCAUACUGCCUAUACCAACUCGCUCAGGGGCGUUCCGCAGACACAUCCCCUCUGCAUCGUGCUUCUGACCAACCGUUCCCUCACUGCAUUAAAGACUGGCAAUCCUAAGCAGGCCGUGGAUGAUGCAGAUGCGGCCAUUUCCAUCAUAGGACCAUCCCGUGGCGAGGGUGAGAAGGUUGCUCUCGGCGAUGGCGAGCAAAGAGAUAUGAAAGAUCUUUACGGCAAGGCCCUCAGUCGGAAAGCGGAAGCGCUCGAGCAGAUGGAGAAAUGGUCAGAUGCGGGCAAUGUGUGGCAACUCUGUGUUGAGGCAGGUGUUGGUGGCGCAUCCGCGAUUGCUGGCCGCCAAAGAUGUCAAAAGGCCCUGGCCCCUAAGCCAAAGCCGACACCUCGGCCUGUACAAGCAGCUCGACCGAAGCCCUCUGCGAGCUCAAGUCUGGCGCCUCAGAAGGACUCCGAAGCAGUCAAGAGACUGCGGGAUGCCAACAAGGCCGCCGAGGCAGCUGAUGACGAGAAAUUUGCACUGAGCGAAAAGGUGGAUGCUCGCAUCGCAGCGUGGAGGGAUGGCAAGAGAGACAACUUGCGUGCCUUGAUUGGCAGUCUCGACACGGUGCUUUGGGAAAACAGCGGUUGGAAAAAGGUCGGUCUUCAUGAACUCGUCAUGGCGAACCGUGUCAAGAUUCAUUACAUGAAGGCCAUUGCCAAGACCCAUCCCGACAAGCUUCCACAAGAUGCCAGUACAGAGGUCAAGCUGAUAGCAGCCACGGUCUUUGCAACAUUGAAUGAGAGUUGGGACAAGUUCAAGGCUGAGAACGGGCUAUAG